AUGUCAGCAAGUAACAAUGUGCCGGGAAGUCAGUAUGGCGUGUCCCCCCAGCAGCUCCGCGAGCUCAUGGAGCUCAGGGGCGCCGACGCUCUGCAGCUCCUUCAGGAAGAAUACGAGUCCGUGGAGGGCGUGUGCCAGCGCCUGCGGACUCACUCUACGGAAGGUGUGUCCAACUCCACCGAGGACCUCCUGCGCCGUCGGGAAGUCUUCGGCGCGAACGAAAUUCCUCCGAAGUCCCCGAAGUCCUUCCUGAGACUGAUCUGGGAGGCCCUGAAGGACACCACACUCAUCAUCCUUCAGGUGGCGGCCGUCGUGAGCAUCUGCCUCUCGUUCUUUCACGCUGAGGAUAGUUUGAUGGGUGAGGAGAAGGAGCAGGCGCCGCCGUGGAUCGAGGGCGUGGCCAUUUUAGCGGCGGUCAUCGUGGUCGUCUUUGUGACGGCCUUCAACGACUACAGCAAGGAGAGGCAGUUCCGGGGAUUGCAGAAGAAGAUUGAGAAUUCCAACAAAUUCUCGGUCGUGCGAGCAAGAAGCGUCGUGCAAAUUCCUGUCUCAGAGAUCGUCGUCGGAGAUGUCUGUCAGAUCAAGUACGGAGACAUGCUGCCCGCCGACGGUUUGCUCAUCCAAGGGUCUGACCUGAAGGUGGAUGAGUCCUCCUUGACGGGAGAGAGCGACCACGUCACCAAGACACCUGUAACAGACCCUAUGCUCUUCUCAGGUACGACUGUCAUGGAGGGAAGCGGCAGAAUGGUCGUGACGGCCGUGGGUGUCAAUUCUCAGGCUGGCAUCAUCAUGACACUCCUUGGUGCCACAGACAAAAGCAAGGACGGAACGAAAGGCAAAGGCAAGGAAAAGAAACAGGAGGAGAAAUCAGAAAAAUCUGUUCUUCAGCAGAAACUCUCCAGAUUAGCCAUUCAAAUCGGCUAUGCGGGCUCAGCCAUCGCAAUCCUGACCAUCAUCAUCCUGGUCGUGAAGUUCAGCGUCAAGACCUACGUGAUGGACGGCCUCCCCUUCAGCAUCCGACACGUGAACACCUUCGUCCACCACUUCAUCAUAGGCGUCACGGUGCUGGUGGUGGCCGUGCCGGAGGGUCUGCCGCUCGCCGUCACCAUCUCGCUCGCCUUCUCCGUCAGGAAAAUGAUGAAGGACAACAACCUAGUGCGACACCUGGACGCCUGCGAGACCAUGGGCAACGCCACCACGAUCUGCUCCGACAAGACGGGCACUCUCACCACCAACCGCAUGACGGUCGUGGCGGCGCACAUUGGGGGCCGGACGUAUAAAACGCUCCCGACCUACGAAGUCCUCCCCGCCAACCUGGCCGAGCUCCUGGUCCUCGGGAUCAGCGUCAACACCAACUACACGUCGAAGGUCGUCCCCUCCGAAGUGCCCGGCGAACUCCCCAAGCAGAUCGGCAACAAGACCGAGUGCGCCCUGCUGGGUUUCGUGGGCGAGCUGGGCAAGAACUACCAGACGAUCCGCAACCACUACCCGGAGGAGAAGUUCGUCAAGGUGUACACGUUCAACUCGGCGAGGAAGUCCAUGUCGACGGUGAUCUCGCUCGGCGUCGGCGGCUUCAGGCUCUUCACCAAAGGGGCGUCGGAGAUCGUGGUGAAGAAAUGCGCUUACGUCCUGAACGAGAAGGGCGAAGUCGAGACCCUUUCCAUCGAGGACCAAAAGAAGAUCGAGAUUGACGUCAUCGAUCGCCUGGCCUCCGAGGGACUGAGGACGAUCGGUCUCGCCUACAAGGACUUCGUGCCGUACCACGCCGAGCUCAGCCAGGUAGAGAUCGGCAGUUCUCCUCCUAAUUGGGACGACAUGGACGAAAACGUGACAAAUUUGACCUUAUUGGCUAUUUUGGGCGUGGAAGACCCCGUCAGGCCAGAGGUGCCAGAAGCCAUCCACCUGUGCCAGCGAGCGGGCAUCACAGUCCGAAUGGUCACCGGAGACAACAUCAACACAGCGCGUUCGAUAGCCACCAAAUGCGGUAUCCUAACUCCCAACGACACCGGCUUCGUCUUAGAUAGCAAGGAGUUCAACCAGAAGAUUCGGGAUGAAAAAGGCGAGGUCUCCCAAGAAAUGUUUGACCAGGUCUGGCCCCGUCUCCGCGUGCUGGCCAGGUCGUCGCCGCAGGACAAGUACAUCCUGGUGAGGGGCCUGAUCGCCUCCAAGGCCACGCCCACCAGGCAGGUCGUGGCGGUGACCGGCGACGGAACCAACGACGGCCCGGCUCUCAAGAUGGCGGACGUCGGCUUCGCUAUGGGCAUCACGGGCACCGACGUCGCCAAGGAAGCCUGUGAUAUCGUGCUAACAGACGACAAUUUCACCUCUAUCGUCAAGGCUGUCAUGUGGGGCAGAAACGUUUAUGACUCCAUCGCCAAAUUCCUUCAGUUCCAGCUGACUGUCAACGUUGUGGCAGUCACUAUCGCCUUCGUCAGUAUUUGUAUCAUUAGCGAUACGCCUUUGAAGACGGUGCAGAUGCUGUGGGUCAACCUCAUCAUGGACACCCUCGCCUCCCUCGCCCUGGCCACGGAACCCCCCUCGCGCUCCCUCCUUCACCGCCAGCCGUACGGAAGGACGAAGGCCCUCGUGUCCGGGGUCAUGCUGAGGAACAUCCUGGGUCAGGCCGUGUUCAUGAUCCUCGUCAUCUUUCUGCUGCUCUUUUACGGUCACAUCUUGGUCGACAUCGAAGACGGCCUCAACGCAGAGCUUGGGGAGCCUCCCUCGCAGCACUUUACCCUCGUUUUCAACACCUUCGUUAUGAUGACGCUCUUCAACGAGGUCAACGCCCGGAAGAUCCAUGGAGAACAUAAUGUGUUCGAAGGCAUCACCAAGAACCCGCUUUUCUAUUGCAUCUGGUUCGUCACUUUCGGUGCUCAGGUCAUCAUCGUCCAGCUGGGAGGUCUCGCCUUCUCCACCUCGGCCCUCAACCUGGAGCAAUGGCUCUGGAGCAUUUUCUUCGGGAUCAUGACCCUCUUGUGGAGUCAGGUCGUCAACUCCAUCUUCUCCGCUAUCCACUACGGCAAGGGGAGAUUCAAGCACUUUGAUUGGGCUGUUGGGUACACAGAGGUUUUCUCGUUCCUACCAAAAAUCCCUCGAAAUCCGGAUGUCCCUGACAAAUCUAUUUGGAAAUCUCGAAAUCCCGGUAAUUUUGGGGAGAUUUUGGCCGAAGCGUUUGGAGAAAGGGAUUGUGAUCGUGAUUCUGACUUGCACUACCUUACGUCGUUCUCUCCAAUCCAGUGUGCGGAUUGUUUAUCGUUAACUGUGGACACAGCUUAA